AUGACGACGGGCCCCGAUCGGGCCAGAAGAGAUAGGCCGUCCGUCCACCUCGCUAUCCUCCCGAUCCCGAGCGGCCGAGUCCGAUACAACUCCGCGCAUGCACAACCACGUGUCCCCCGAGUCCCCAACUCCGCUGCCCCGCCCGUCCCUUCCGCGCGCGCUCCCCAAGGUGAGAUCAGCUUCUCCGUCUCCGUCUCUUCCCCGCCGCUCCUCACUCCCCCACGCUUGGAUGGAUUCCGUCGGUACAAAUCGGCCCCCGCUGCGCUCCGUUGCCGCCGCAGCCACUCGACGCAGCGCGCUCCUGCGGCCGCCUCGCCACCUCGGGCUCGGCAAUCGGUGCAGCGAUUUGACGCCUUGCGGAGUAACACGACGAAAGUUCAGAGCGGGAAGGCGGGGAGAAGUGUGACCAAGGAAAUGGGACACAUCUCAUCUGGCAAUGAAGUGCCCUUGAAAUAUUCUUCCGGCAAAGCUUUCCCCCUAGGGGUGUCACAAGUUGAUGAUGGGCUAAAUUUUGCUAUAUUCUCACAGCAUGCUUCUUCUGUCACCCUUUGCUUGAAACUUCCUGAUAGAGGCACCCAAGAUGAUGUGGACAUUGUAGAGUUUGCUUUAGACCGCCAGAAGAACAAAACUGGAGAUAUAUGGCAUGUGUCGGUGGAGGGUUUGCCUGCUUCUGGUGUUCUUUAUGGAUAUCGCAUUAAUGGUCCUCAAGGGUGGCAACAAGGUCAUAGAUUCGAUGACAGCGUUAUUCUUCUGGACCCUUAUGCAAAAUUAGUUUCUGGUCGAAAGCACUUUGCAGUUGAAAGAGAGAAGCCAAGCCAGCUUUUCGGAACGUAUGAUUUCGAUAGCUCACCUUUUGACUGGGGUGACAAUUAUAGGCUUCCUAAUUUGCCUGAGACAGAUCUUGUUGUAUAUGAAAUGAAUGUCCGUGCCUUCACUGCGGAUGAGUCAAGCGGGCUUGGUCCAGCUAUUCGUGGAAGUUACCUUGGUGUCAUUGAUAAAAUUCCUCAUUUGCUGGAACUUGGCGUUAAUGCAGUGGAACUACUUCCUGUUUUUGAGUUUGAUGAGUUGGAGUUGAAGAGGUUCCCUAACCCAAGGGACCACAUGGUAAAUACAUGGGGAUAUUCUACAAUCAACUUUUUUGCACCCAUGUGUCGUUAUGCUAGUGCGGGUGGUGGACCUGUGGCUGCUUCCAAAGAGCUCAAACAGAUGGUCAAGGCAUUUCAUAAUGCUGGAAUUGAGGUUAUUCUGGACGUGGUUUAUAACCAUACAAAUGAAGCUGAUGAUGCUAACCCUUAUGUGACUUCCUUUCGUGGCAUUGAUAACAAGGUCUAUUACAUGUUAGACUUCAACAACAAUGCUCAGCUGCUGAACUUCUCGGGUUGCGGGAAUACACUAAACUGCAACCAUCCUUUUGUCAAGGAGCUUGUACUCGACAGUUUGAGACAUUGGGUUAAGGAGUAUCACAUAGAUGGAUUUCGGUUUGACCUUACGAGUGUUCUUUGUCGUGGACCAGAUGGCAGUCCUCUUGGUGCACCUCCACUCAUUAAGGAUAUUGCCAAAGACUCUGUAUUGUCUAGAUGUAAGAUCAUUGCUGAACCUUGGGACUGUGGUGGCCUUUAUCUAGUGGGGAGGUUCCCUAAUUGGGACAGGUGGGCUGAAUGGAACGGGAAGUACAGAGAUGAUAUUCGAAGAUUUAUUAAGGGAGAUCCUGGUAUGAAGGGGGUGUUUGCAACUCGUGUUUCUGGUUCUGCAGAUCUCUACCAGGUGAACAAUCGGAAGCCUUACCAUAGUGUGAACUUUAUAAUUGCUCAUGAUGGAUUUACUUUAUGUGACCUUGUUUCAUAUAACUCCAAGCAUAAUGAUGCGAAUGGAGAAGGUGGUCGUGAUGGGUGCAAUGACAACUACAGCUGGAACUGUGGCAUUGAAGGAGAAACAAGUGAUUUGAAUGUGCUAAGUCUUCGUUCAAGGCAAAUGAAGAACUUCCAUGUGGCAUUAAUGAUUUCCCAGGGUACUCCAAUGAUGCUGAUGGGAGACGAAUAUGGUCACACACGUUAUGGAAACAACAAUAGCUAUGGACAUGAUACUCACAUAAAUAAUUUUCAGUGGGGCCAGUUGGCAGAAAGAAAGGAUGACCAUUUCAGUUUUUUCUCAGAGAUGAUCAAGUUUCGGCAUAACCAUCCUAUACUAAGACGAGACAGGUUUCUCAACAAAAAUGAUAUCACUUGGCAUGAAAAUAGUUGGGAGAACCAGGACAGCAAAUUUUUGGCAUUCACAAUACAUGAUCACAAUUCUGGUGGAGAUAUCUAUUUGGCAUUCAAUGCUCAUGAGUAUUUUGUGGAUGCUGUAAUUCCCCCACCACCACAGCAUAAAUCUUGGAGUCGUGUGGUUGAUACCAACCUGGAAUCACCAAAGGAUAUUGUCCCAGAAGGGGUGCCAUUCACAGGUUCAGGGUACAGGAUUGCUCCCUACUCUUCCAUCUUGCUUAAGGCAAAGCCUUAG